AUGGGUUCAAUUCCUACUUAUUGUUCUUAUCAGACAAACAGUGUUGGUUCACUGAAACUAUCACCUCACAUCCAAUUACAACAAUCUUGUAACAAUGGAGUUAUGUUAUUAUCCAUGCGGAAUAAGACACAGCUGGCCAAAAGAAGAGCCACAAAUUAUGGAACUCAUCGUAAUUCUAGUCGGACUCCGGCACCUAUCGUAUGUUCAACUGGAAUGCCCAUAAUUUUCGUUGCCACUGAAGUGCACCCAUGGUGCAAAACUGGAGGCCUUGGUGAUGUUGUAGGAGGAUUGCCCCCAGCUCUGGCUGCAAUGGGACACCGGGUUAUGACGAUAGCUCCUCGCUAUGAUCAGUACAAGGAUACAUGGGAUACAAAUGUUCUUGUUGAGGUGAUUGUUGGUGACAGAACAGAAACAGUGCGCUUUUUUCACUGCUACAAAAGGGGAGUUGAUCAUGUUUUUGUUGAUCAUCCUAUGUUUCUUGAGAAGGUAUGGGGCAAAACUGGAUCAAAAUUGUAUGGGCCUACUACUGGAACAGACUUCCGAGAUAACCAGUUACGGUUCUGCCUUUUGUGCCUUGCUGCAUUGGAGGCUCCGAGGGUUCUUAAUCUCAACAAUUCUGAAUACUUCUCUGGACCAUAUGUUUUGCCAUGCUAUUUGAAGAGCAUGUAUAAGCAAAAUGGAAUUUAUGAGAAUGCCAAGGGCAGAUUUCCCAGAGCGGACUUCGAACUUCUUAAUUUACCUGAAAGUUUCGUGCCUUCAUUUGAUUUUGUUGAUGGGCAUGUUAAGCCAGUAGUUGGGAGAAAGAUUAACUGGAUGAAGGCAGGGAUCAGUGAGUGUGAUGUGGUCCUUACAGUUAGUCCACAUUAUGUUAAAGAACUCACUUCUGGUCCAGAGAAAGGUGUUGAGUUGGAUGGUGUCCUUCGUGCAAAGCCUCUUGAAACUGGAAUUGUAAAUGGAAUGGAUGUUGUUGAUUGGAAUCCGGCAACAGAUAAGUACAUCAGUGUCAAAUACAAUGCAACUACGGUAAGGUUUCAGUUUCUCCUCCUUUACCAGUUACCGCAUAUGGAUAAUUCAAUACUUACAGAGGGCAUUUCUCAGGUGGCAGAAGCAAGAGCUCUCAAUAAAGAAAUACUGCAAGCUGAAGUUGGAUUGCCGGUGGACUCUAGCAUACCUGUUAUAGUUUUCAUUGGUCGUCUUGAAGAACAGAAAGGGUCAGACAUACUAAUUGCAGCCAUUCCGGAGUUUGUCGAGGAGAAUGUUCAGAUAAUUGUUCUCGGCACAGGGAAGAAGAAAAUGGAGGAGGAACUGAUGCUGCUAGAAGCGGAGUACCCACAGAAUGCCAGAGGCAUAGCAAAAUUCAAUGUCCCGUUGGCGCACAUGAUGUUCGCCGGGGCUGAUUUCAUAAUUGUUCCAAGUAGGUUCGAGCCAUGUGGCCUCAUCCAAUUGCAAGGGAUGAGAUAUGGAGUGAUUCCUAUCUGUUCAUCCACCGGAGGACUUGUUGACACGGUGAGGGAGGGUGUUACCGGAUUCCACAUGGGUUCGUUCAAUGUAGAGUUUGAAACCGUCGAUCCAGCAGAUGUCGCGGCAGUCGCUUCGAAUGUCACGCGAGCUCUGAAACAGUACAAAACACUGUCGUUCCACGCAAUGGUUCAGAAUUGCAUGGCGCAGGACCUAUCAUGGAAGGGACCGGCAAAGAAGUGGGAGGAGGCUCUUCUUGGGCUAGGAGUCGAGGGAAGUCAGCCGGGCAUCGAGGGCGAGGAGAUCGCUCCAGUUGCAAAACAGAAUGUGGCCACUCCCUGA